CUUGAGUCGGUGUGACUGAACUUUGGCUCGCGCAGUUUCAUGUGCUAUUGGCUGGAAGCGACAGUCUUGCGCUGCUUGACCCGCCUCUGUCUGUGUGAUGAACCGUUUCCUCCACCGCUUGGAUUCCACAACAGCAGCGGUUUAUUAUUUCAUAUCUCUAAACUAUAAACUAUAGCUCGUGGAGCUGCCGAGGGAUUUUCCUUAGUCCAAACCGCUGUCACUCUGGCCAAAUGAGGAACCACAGAAUUUGGAUGUGUUGCUAUGGCUCUCGGAGUUGACAAGGCCUUAUCAGACACCUCACAAAUGGAGAACACGAGCUAUGGGAGGUGGAAGACCAGGAUCCCGGAGGUCAUUCGCAGCGGUCAAACUAGACCCCUCAGUCACAGAGCUGUUGAGAGGACAAGGCCUACAAAUGUCCAGGAGGCCAAGGAUUCAUACAAAGAGAGGAGUGGCAGCAAAAAGACAGUCACUAUGGCACCUGUUUCCAGGUAUAUGCCAGACAAAAGCCUCUAUAUCAUGAGAAAACCACUGCUCUCCACACAAUGGCAGGUGCCCAUCCUGAAGAACUCAUCUACACAUGAAGACUCAGAGAGGAUCAAUUACAAAGUUGACUCCCCUAAAGAAAAGGACAAACGUCUGCCUAAACAGUCAUUCAGAACUAUCCCAGAAGAUUCUCCAUUUUAUAAAUCCUCCCCACCGUUAUCCAGAGAAGACCUGGAUGCCUCCAUGAGCGUAUCAGACCUCAGACUGUGGUCAUGUGAAGAGGAUCCUAUUUUUAACUCUUCAGCUGCCAAACGCAGUCUGUCCAGUCCCCUUUCAGCUUCUUUGAGCCUCACAGCACCUCCAGUGCAAUCCAGUCCUAAAAGCACUUCUUAUUCAUCCAAUCAUACAUCUCAUUUCACAAGAAAGGUACAAACAAGACCAGGUGAGAUGAUGGACAGAGGAAGAGAUUCUCUUCUUAAGACAGGAUCUUACAGUAAGAACCAUCAACAUGGGUUCAAACACAUGUCGCCUUAUCAGGCCAACUACUGGGACUGUGCCAUCCCCAACUCUAUGCCACCCUCUCCAAACCACAAAUCCUCCAGCUGGGAUCCUGAAAAGGAGUACCAGGAGCUCCUGGACUACACAUACCCUCUGAGACCCAACAUGGCUGGUACAUUGGGUUCAUCAGACAUUGAUCUUCUCUUGCGAACUGAUCCAUUGUUGCAAGACUCAGGCAUUGAGUUGGACAAAUCUUCAACUCUGUCCUGUUUAGACCUUUCCUAUACAGGGACUCGACAGGAACGGUGUAUCCCAGGAACAGCUCAAAGGUCAACUGAGUUUUGUGCUCUAAACAAAUCACAUUCUAAGUCCUUAGAUGGCAUCAUGUCCAGUAGCCUGUACUCUUCACUAGACCAAGCUGGCUUGUCAGUUGAGAGUCUGGACUGCGAUGGGAAGCCAGGGGGCCAUUAUCGUAAAUUUGGCAUCUUCUCGACAUUCAUACCUGUCCCCACUUUCAUUAGUUCAACACACAUCCUUCCUCGUCCUGAUUCGCAGGAAGAGUUGGACGAAGAGUUCCUUCGCCUACCAGAAAGGCUACAAGAACUUCAGGUGCUUUCACAGCAGCUGAGGGACAUUAGUAACCAGAUGAGCCAACCAGUCAUCACCAGCUGGGAAUCCCUGGAGAGCGAGAUCACUUCAGUCCGAUCACCAACGGCUCAAGUGGGAAAGCAGGAACCACUGGUGGAAGAAGGGGGCGAUGAAGCGAAAGGGGGAUCAGUUUCUCUCACACAUGAGGAUCAUUUAGAGAAAGCAAAAGAGCCUGGUUCCACAAUCCAAAUGAUUAACCAAGAAAUGAAUAGGAGGAACCUGAGGGAGGUGGAAGCUGUUAUGGAUCAGCUGAGCAGACUGUCAAUGUCAGAGCUUCAGAGGACAAUACAAACAGACCAGAACGAAAAUGAGACCAAGGAGUCACUAAUGCAGCACAUACAGGCAUUUUGCUCGAACCUAAAAAAGCUGAUUCAGUGGCUGCACAAGGUGGUAGAGAAAGUAGAAGUUCUUUCUCCUAACAUUGUUGACAUUAAGAUCAUCAAAACCACCAUAUUUUUUAUUGAAAGAAGUUUUCAGGAAGAUGUUCAGGCUCAUAAGCCCCUCACAGAAGAUGUUCUGCAGACCGGAGAGAUGCUUUUGCAUUGCAUGAAUUCAGCCUCUCCAUUUCUGAAAGACACACUGGUGCUGAUAGAGAGGCAGUCUCACACACUUAAAACUCAUUCAGAGAAUCUUUUCAAAUCAGCCAUGGAAUCCAUCAACUACCCCACAUACCACGAAUCAUAUGAAAAAUCAUCUAAAAUAACAAAUAAUACCAUAUAG